UCUUCAGUGGCUUCGGAAAGGCCGAUGCGCGACCACACUUUUUACAUGAUUUAUUGAAAUUGAUCGGCUCGGAAACAUGUAAUUUUGAGGGGUUAGUUGACCAGUGCCGACAGACGUGGACCCAAUCACUAGACUGAUUUUAGCAUGUCUGGAAAAUGCCCGUCAGGACGCGCAAAGCCGACAGCAAACAAAUCCAAGCUAAUGGCCUCUACAUCCACUCGAGCCCUCCAAGAGUGUUGCAAUUAACUUCGGCACACAUUAAACAAUUGAUUCGAAGUGGGGAUGUGGAAAAGCUCGAACAAUUGGUGGUGGAUGGACAUGGAAAAAAGCUAGUUGGGGAGUAUUCGGCCGAUUACAAGACGAGGACUUUUCUCAAAAACGUACCAAAUCUAAUGACCAAAAUUUCGCUGCUUCAUGAUGCUGUCAACAGUGGACGAUUGGAAGAGCUCCAAAGUCUUCUGGACGAGGAACCGAUUGAGAGGAGGAAGCGGUUAGUGACGGCUAAAGAUGACUUUGGGGUCGGGCUUCUGCACAAGGCGAUCUAUUACGACCUCAAAAAUAUCUACAAGUAUUUAAUCGACAAGUUCCCGCAUCUUGUUCCACUCAAAGACUCGGAAGGCCGCACAGCUUUCCACUACACUCCAAUGUGCAAAGACGCAGCCGGUGUCCAAAAGCUCCUCAUUUCCGCAGGAGCCGACUCCUCCUGUCUGGACCAAAAACAGCGCACUGCCAAAUACUACAUGACCCAUAUCCAGGAACUCGAAUUACCAAAUUCCCGAAAAUCGGCCACUUCAUCGUCAAAAACUGGCCCUCAACAUGACGGUCUCAACUUCAAAAAAUCCAACAUUCGCAUUUGGAUCCAUCAGCGGAAUUUGCUCAACUUGCAGCAAGUUGUGUGGGAGGGGCAUGGGGCCAAGUUGUUGCCAGAACACAGCAACAAUCCCAAAAUUAAGAAGUUUCUGGAGGCGGUACCACAUAUCAUGGGUAUAAUCAAAGACAUUCACUCGGACGUGAUUAACGACGAGUUAGAGAGUUUGAAAAAAAGAUUAGAACCACCUAUACCGCCUUUGGUGCUUUCGGGGAAAGACUCGAACGGUUUAACGCCUUUGCACAAGGCUUCAGGUUUAGGCAAACAACAAAUUGCCGAGUUUCUUUUGGCCGAGUACCCCAACUGUGUAAACCUAGUCGAUUCUGAAGGUCGUACCCCUUUACAUUAUGCCGCCUUGUUGAAAGAUGACGGACAAAUGAUGAGUUUUCUUCUGGAACAUGGGGCAGACGAAUCGGCUUUAGAUAACAGGCAAAAAACCGCGGCUUAUUACAAGACACGUGCUUCUGAACUAGAUUCAAAAUUGUUAAGUGUUAUUCCGGAAGCUCCAAGGACUGCAAAAGAGUCGUUUUUGGGGACUUUUGAUUGGAGUCUACUAUUGGCAGCCACACCGACUGAAGAAAUACAAAAGGUUGUGAAGAAAAUCCAAAAUGGUAGUACCGAAAAAGAGGAAUCGCCGACUGAAGAAAGCAAAAAGGAGGGAGUAGAGACUGAAGAAAAUAUUGAAGAAAAUGGACAUAAACCAGAGGAAGAAGAAAAAAUUGAGCAACAAAACGGAAACGAUGAACAUAACGAAGAAUCAAACGACAAUAACGAAGAAGAAGAAGUAAAUGACAAUAAAGUAGAAGAGGAGGAAAAAGAAGACGAAGAAAAUAAUAAAGAAGAAGAAGAACCAAACGACAAUAAAGUGGAGGAGGAAGAAACCAAUCAAGACAAUACAGUAGAAGAUGAAAACGAACCGGAAGAAACCAACAAUAACGAACCGGAGCGGCCUGAAAGUGCUCCAAAAUCGCCGGAACCGCCAAAAAUCGCCACUCCGGAGGUUCCUCCAGUCGAACCGGAGGAAGUUAUCGAAGGCGUAGUUAACGGAGAAAAUGAAAUCGAGACUUUGAAUGAGCAAGGACAGGACUCUAAUUCCGGGGACGAAAACACCGACCCGGAAAUUACCGAAAUGGUGGAGUCCGGGAACAUGGAACAACUGGCGGCUUUGGUUUUGAAUGGUGAAGGUGAACGCUUGGUUGGGCAAACGAGUGAUAAUCCGGAACUGCAGUCGUUUCUUGACAACGUGCAAGUUUAUAUGUCGAAAAUUAACCGGAUUCAUGUCGCCGCCAGAGACGGCAGUUUGCGCGACCUCCAGGCGGCUCUGGACCGCCGCAAGUUCGCAAUCGCCAAAGACAAGGUGUCCCCAAACGGGGCUUCGCCCCUUCACGUCGCCGUGGUGUUCACCAACACGAGCAUAGUCCGGUAUUUGGCGGGAAGAUUCCCGGAAACGGCGCAAGUAACGGACAACAACGGCCGAACCCCCUUACACUACGCUGCAGUUUUGCCCGACAAUGGCCACUAUUACAACCUAUUAAUCCACUUGGGGGCCGAUUCGAGAACUGAAGACAAGUUCGGCCACAGUCCGGAGUACUACCGGAGCCACCAGGAGGACUUCUCGCACCGGACUUUGCUGCGCGAGUUCGGCGCCGAAGAAAGCGCCUCGGAGGAAAUGUUGAGUGAUAAAGUUGUCGACGACACGUGUUCCGCUCGUAAAGACCUAGAUGACGAAGAUAUGUUAAAUGUUUUGGAGCGGUGUUACAACGUUUUGCACGGUCGGAGGAACUCGAACACCGUUUCGGCCGCUUCGAACGCAUCAUCAGCCACCAAUGUCAGCUACACGUCCUCGAUUAUUGCCAAACACACCAAGCGAUACGUUUUCGAUGCGGUCAAGAAUAGAAUGACGAAGCUUGACCAUAAUUUGUACGAUGUGAUUUGGCCCAGUGUUAAGAAACUUCCGUCGGAGUUGAGCUUUCGGGUCGCUCUAGAGCAGGAUUUUCCGGCGGGGAUUGUGGCGCCGGAUGUUUACGUUUAUAAAGUGUUCAAGGAGUAUUUGGAGCCGAUUAUUAAGGAGUAUAACGCGAUUGAUGUGAGACACGAGUUGGGAGUUCAUCCAGCGACAAAAUUCGUUCAAGAGGAAAACGGGAAUUUGGUGGAUGUGGAGUUUGAUUUGGAUCCGCAAGCAAGAUGGAUUAUUUCAGGCACACUUGACUGCACCCGCAACCUCCUCGACUUCGAACUCCCCAAAUCCCUGAACGUCAACCAGCUCGAAACGGUCGAACGCCUCGUCACUUCCGUCCUGUUGAGCCCCGAACUAGGCCAUGCCCUCUACCCCAACGCCUCCGAGGACGACCUCUCCGACGGCUGCGGCGUCUACUACACCAUGAACGAGGUCCUGGAGGACCCCUCCGAAGCGCGCGUUAUCCUGGCCUCGAACGGCCUCCUAAUCCCCCUUUGGAACAUCCCGGAAUCGGACCGUUUGCACGGCAAGCACUGGCCCUACGGACGCGGCGUCUUUAUAACAAAUGGGAGCAACCUCGCUGUCUGGAUCAACGUCCUGGACCACAUCCGCAUCGUGACGUGUUCCCCGCACACAAAACCGGGAAACAUCGGCCUGAUUUAUUCCCGGAUAGCGCGUCUGGACUCCAUAUUACAGAAACAUCUGGAGUUCAAACGCGACGAAAAAUUGGGGUAUUUGUCUGCCAGGCCCACUUGUGUUGGCAACACCCUCCAGUUUAACUUCACCCUCCGGUUCCCGAACUUGAGCAAGCAGCCGGACAAUUUAAGACACUUGUGUUUUGUGAGAGGGCUGACGUUUAACCGCAAAACCAACACUUCGGACAUCGUCCGUAUUGGGAAUCAGCAGAGUUUGGGCGUUUGCGAGUAUCAGAGCUUUGAGGACUUUACCACAGCUUUUCUGAAUAUUCUCCAAUUGGAGAAGGACUUGGCCGUGUCCAAUUCGCUGCAUAUUGCGGCAGCGUUUGUAAAUAUGUUCAAGCGGAAAAAAAUGUCUUUAGCCGAGUAAAUGCACCGGAGUAAGAUAGUUCUAAGCGUGUAUAUAGUGCCAAAGUUUCACUCAUUUUUUUGUAUUAUUGUACAUAAGUCAGCUUCGGAUGGACUAAUCUAGGUGUUGUCACGUCGAACCAAGUCGACAUGCCGUUUUUUGCAACCGAAGAAGGCCGCUACUUAGCCUCUU